AUGGCCACAAACAUGGCCGUCGUUGAGGAGCCAUUGUAUCCUAUCGCCAUUCUGAUAGACGAGCUAAAGAACGACGAUAUCCAGCUUCGUCUGAACUCAAUCAGACGCCUUAGCACCAUCGCACGAGCACUUGGCGAGGACCGGACACGGAAGGAGCUAAUUCCCUUUUUGAACGAGAACAAUGACGAUGAUGAUGAAGUGCUACUUGCUAUGGCAGAAGAGCUUGGUUCGUUCAUUCCGUACGUGGGUGGUGUCGAUUACGCUCCCGUGCUCCUUCCUCCGUUAGAGACAUUAUGCACGGUUGAGGAGACAGUUGUCCGGGAUAAGGCCGUUGAGUCGUUGUGCAAGAUUGGACAACAUAUGAAGCCCCGAGACAUUGUCGAGUUCUUCGUUCCACUUGUUCAGAGGCUUGGAGCGGGGGAAUGGUUUACAGCUCGCGUGUCUGCUUGCGGGCUGUUCCAUAUCGCUUAUCCCAGCGCGACCGAGCAGCAAAGAGCCGAUCUUCGAACUCUUUACGGACAGCUUAGCCAUGACGACAUGCCGAUGGUCCGUCGCUCGUCUGCACUGAACAUGGGCAAGUUUGCCGCCACAGUGGAGCCGCAGUACCUGAAGCUUGACAUUCUCGAUUUUUUUAAAGAUCUUACGAAUGACGACCAGGAUUCUGUGAGACUAUUGGCUGUCGAAGGAUGUGCUGCGGUCGGAAAGCUCCUGGAGAAGAAGGAUUGCAUCUCCAGCAUCCUUCCUGUGAUUCUGUCGUUUGCCCAGGACAAGUCGUGGCGAGUGCGCUAUAUGGUGGCGAACCAGCUUCACGAGCUUUGUGAGGCCGUUGGCCCCGAAGUGGCAAGGGCGGAGCUUAUCCCCGCGUAUGUGAAGCUUCUGAGGGACAAUGAGGCAGAGGUCCGCAUUGCGGCUGCUGGCAAAGUGACUAAGAUCUGCGCCAUUGUUAAGAAUGGCGAAGCGUUCAAUGUCAUUCUACCAUGUGUGAAGGAUCUUUCGACUGAUACCUCUCAACAUGUGCGGUCUGCCUUGGCAUCUGUCAUCAUGGGGAUGGCUCCGCUUCUUGGCAAGGAGCUCACCAUUGAAACUCUGCUACCAAUUUUCCUGGCUCUGCUAAAAGAUGAGUUCCCUGAUGUCCGGCUCAACAUUAUCAGCAAGCUGGAUCAAGUUAAUCAAGUCAUUGGAAUGGACCUUCUGUCACAGUCGCUUCUUCCAGCUAUUGUAGAAUUGUCAGAGGACAGACACUGGCGAGUGCGACUUGCCAUCAUUGAGUACAUUCCUCUGUUGGCUGGUCAACUUGGAAUGGAUUUUUUUGAUGAAAAGUUAAAGUCGUUGUGCAUGCAAUGGCUUGAAGACCAGGUGUACUCAAUUCGUGAAGCAGCGGCGACAAACCUGAAGCGUUUAGCAGAAGAGUUUGGUGCUGAAUGGGCCCAAUCUCAAAUCCUGCCAAUGAUCAUGGAUAAAGUGAACAACUCUCACUACCUGUAUCGAAUGACAGUCCUGCUUUCUCUCUCCAUGUUGGCCCCAGUGCUUGGUGCUGAAGCAACUUGCAAUACUAUGCUUCCUGUUAUCCUGAAUGCCGCCAAGGACCGUGUACCGAACAUCCGCUUUAACGUUGCCAAGAUGCUUCAGUCCUUCAUACCAAUUGUUGAGCCAUCCGUCGUUGAACAAACCAUCCGACCUUGUCUAUUGGAGCUCAAUGAGGAUCCUGAUCCAGAUGUUCGUUACUUCGCUAAUCAAGCUCUUCAAGCAUGUGAUCAAGUUAUGACUCUAGAAGAUUGGUACAAACAGAUGCCCAUAAUAACCAGGUCUUACCUGACACUUUCGUUCUUGACAACCGCGGGUUGCGCUCUCGAAGUCAUUUCGCCGUUUUCUGUUUAUUUCAAUUCCAACUUGAUUUUCAAGAAGUUCCAGCUGUGGCGGCUAUUCACGAAUUUCUUCUUCUUUGGGAGUAUCGGCAUCGAUUUCGUUUUCCACAUGUUUUUCCUCUGCCGAUAUUGUAAACUGCUUGAGGAGACUUCUUUCCGUGGCCGCACCGCUGAUUUCUUCUUCAUGCUGCUCUUUGGCGGAGUCUUGUUAACAAUGGUUGCUCCCUUCGUAAACAUCCAGUUUCUCGGUUCUUCACUGACAUUUAUGAUGGUGUACGUAUGGGGUAGGCGCAACCCUAAUAUUCAAAUGAGCUUUCUUGGGUUGUUCAACUUUACAGCACCUUACCUUCCUUGGGUCCUCUUGGGAUUUUCUGUUCUUCUGGGAAGUAGCCCUGUGGUAGAUCUUCUGGGAAUGGCGGCAGGACAUGUGUAUUACUUCUUGGUAGAUGUGUAUCCAAAGAUUUCUGGUCGCCAGCUGUUGAAAACUCCUGGCAUUUUGAAGGCGCUCUUUCCACCAGAUGAUGUGGUGGUUGCUUUUCCUCCAGAACAGGGGGGGUUUGAUCAGGCAGCUGGUGUCAAUGCGCAGAUGUAA